AUGGCAUCCCAAACCCUCCGCCCCCACCGCUCUCCCUCCCCCUCCCCCUCCCCUGAACCCCCCGUCAACCUCCACAACCCCGCCAAACUCACUCGCCAAUCCCUCGGCCCCCCCACUUCGGGCACCCAGAAGGGUUUCGGUGGCCUCGGCGUGGGUUCUGGACAAGGCUCGGCAGCGGGCGGUUUGGCGAGUCCUUCCGGGGCGAGCUACCCCCGACAUGUCAGUUCUAGCGUCGCGAUGGGCAUGGGCAACAGGGAGAGCUUGAGCCCCAGGCCGAGUAUGGGUGCUGGACGUGCGGUCAGUGCUGCUACCGGCCCGAGGCCGAGCAGCGAAUACCUUCCUCCUAGGGAGAUGAACAGGACGCCCGAGGCGGAGCAAAUCGACCAGUGGUUCAAGCAUCUUGCCAGCUGGGAAAAUACUCUCGAAGAGAUGGCUGCUGCCAGCACUGAUCAAAACUUUACCGAAGAGCUUGGUGCCAUCGAGCAAUGGUUCCGAGUCUUGUCCGAAGCCGAGCGAACUGCCGCUCUCUACUCUCUUCUUCAGCAAGCCACCCCAGUGCAAAUCCGAUUCUUCAUCUCCGUCCUCCACCACAUGUCCCAGUCUGACCCAAUGACUGCCCUUCUCUCCCCAGCUCCCCCCGCAUCAGCCGGUAUCGCCUCUCAGAUGGAGUCCAAGCUUUCUUCUCUGAAUCUCAAGUCGCCUUCUGCCGGCGGAGGCAGCGGUUUCCCCGGGUCGCCUGGUGCUGGCCAGUACCUCGCGCCCGAAGACGCCAAGGCCAAGGCGAAGCAGAACAGGAUCUCUGCGCCCGGCACGUUGCAGCCCCACGACAGGUGGCAGGCCGGCCAGCUCGACCAAGUCAUGGAACGCGGCUCGUCCCCCGGCUUGGAGAGCGACGCGUCCGGUCGAAGCCAAAGCAAGUCGCCCACCCCUGAACCUCGACCAAAGUCUACCGACUUUUCCGGCAAGCCGCGUGAAUCUCUCGAGUCGCUUGCGUCCAAUCGAGACCGUACUUCGUACCCGCGUUCUCCGCGUGUUUCUGGCGCUGGGGUUGGUGUGGGAUUGGGUAUUGGGGAACAGUCGCCCAUGUCGAGCCCGUUCCACAACCCCAGCUGGGCUAGUAUGGUCAACACCCCCAUGGCCGGUGCUUUCGGCGAAGGCAACAAACUCGGUACACCUUCUUCCGUCGCCGACUUGUCCCAGGCGCUCAACAUGGCUACCCUCCAACUCCAGAACCCCGGCUACCUCCCUCUCGAAGACCCCCGCAAAUACCGCCGUCCCUCCGGUCUUUCCUCUGGCCAGACCAGCCGACAAGUCUCGAGCCAGUACAACGACGACGGCGAGGUCGUCCACCCCCGCGCCCCCCAGCCCGGGCAGCCCCAAGGUCUCCUCCCCAACCAGUUCGGCGCCCGAUCGCCGCUCAUCGACCAAUUCGGCCUCAACUCGGCAGGCUUGGGGAUGGGCGCAGACCAUAUUGGGUUGGGCGGGUAUGGCGGACUGGGGAUGGGUGGGAUUGGAGGACUGAAUGCGGCGCAAGCGGCACAGAUGUUGGCUAUGCAACAACAGCUCGCUGCCGCGCAAGCCCAAGCGCAAAGCGGACCAUACUCGCCAUUCGCAGCUUCUUCCCCCGCCCUGUCCAACAACCUCAAUCCCGGCAGACACGGUCUCGCCGCUCAAAGACCCCAAGGCGGGCAAGGCAGGCGCUCGCCCAACCCGAUGAAGGCCAAUUCGCCCGCUCCGGGGCAGCAGGGUGGUGGAGGUGGCGCUGGAGGGGGGGCGGGGGUGGCGGGGCCGGAGGAUGUGGAUGAGAGGAUUUUGGAGGAUGUGGGUGGGUGGUUGAGAGUCUUGAGGCUGCACAAAUACACGACGACAUUCGAAAAGUCCAACUGGCGUGAUAUGGUACAGAUGACAGACCAAGAUCUGCAAGACAAGGGUGUUAGCGCGCAAGGCGCCAGGACCAAGUUCUUGAAGGUCUUUUACAAUGUGCGAAGUAAACUUGACAUACCUCAUCCUCCUGGUCAGGAAGAGUAUGCGCCUGGAGCCAAGUAA